AUGCAGGCGCAGAACGCAUUGCAAGCCUCUGCAUACUGUGGUAACCUCGAAGCUACCAAUGCUUUGCUUGAGGCUGGUGCCCCAUCACAUGAAAAAAAUGGCUUUCAUCGUCCAGGAGGGUCAAUCGGCGGCGCCUUACAGGCUGCCACAAUGCGUGGAGACCAAGCACUCGUAAAAGCACUUAUCGACAAUGGAGCAUCUGUCAACGAGGCAACUGGUUGGGUUUGUACACUGUUAUCCUCGGUGCUAGAGCGUGGAAUGGUGAAAAUGGCUUGUCUUCUCGAGAAUGGUGCGCGCCCAGACAUCAUCGCUGGAUACUACGUCUCAAGCCUCCAUAUGUCGGCUGGUAGUUCUCUUGUAUUUGAUGAAAUGCUAGAAAAGGUUGAAAAUGUUGAUGUGAACUUAUUUCCAUAUGAUACUCCACUGCAGAUAGCGUGCGACGCGGAGAAUUGGUACACUGUCGAGAAGUUGCUGGCGAGAUCGGGGGAUGUCCAUGCACCAGCCGGCCAGUUCGGCACCGCAAUACAUGCAGCUUGUUACAGCGGAUCUCUACAUGUUGUGAGGGCUCUUCUCAGGUCUGGAGCAAACAUGAACUCUCUAGGCUUGUCACUUGUGAUGCACGGCAGUCGAGAAAUUACAAUCCCUUACUACGGAAAGGCAGUUUUCCUUAUCGGUGGGAUAGGCCUCCAUGAUCACUGGCCCCAUGAUAAAUAUCUCAAUGACCACUGGGAUGAUUUGUUUCCCAAGAUUGGAUUCUAUGGACUUUCACUAGCCGAAGCACUACGAAUAGAAGAAAGGACUCACAACAAGGUGCUGGCACUAUUUGAGUUCGAACCUACUCACCAGGAAGGCCACUAUGGAGAUUCUUUGCAGGUGGCUGCUUUCCAAGGCCACUUCCGGAUUGUGAAAACUCUUCUUGAGCACAAUGCAGAAGUCAAUUCUAUCUGCGGGGUCUUCGGCACAGCACUGGAAGCAGCCGCGUACGCCGGUCAUCACAAGAUAGUGGAGAUUCUCCUGAAAAACGGCGCGGAUCCAACCAUCCAGGAUGACUUUUAUGGGUUUCCAUUGCUAGUAGCAACAACUUCCGGUAAUUCUAGGGUUUCUGUUAUUCUACUGCAGGCCGGGGCAGAUCCGAACGCAGGCGACGAGCAUGGUUGGACUCAAGCCGACUGGUAA